CUAUGCACUCAUACAUCUUCAAUACCUAGGGUCGCACGCCAAAAAGUCCCUGCAUCAACAUCAUGUUCACGCCCGACACCCCUGAGAUCCGUCAGAUCCUCACUACCGUCAACGAUCGCAACCAGAUCCGUGAGCCAUUCGUGAAUCUGGGCUUUGAGAAUGCCAUGACUGACUUGUUAACGGUCCCGACCUCAACUUUGGGAAUGGUUCCCGUCCCCAACAGCCAGUUUAUCUAUAACUACACGCUCCAGAAUCCCAACACCACUCGCUUUGGCAUCGAGUUCUCAAUCGUCCCUGGCCCGCCCAAGAACUAUGUGUAUCAGACGUGGUUCAACUUUACGACUACAGCUAACCAGACAGAUCCCUUUGGCGAUUCUUUGCUCUCAUUCACUCGGGCAGUGGAUGAGGCGAUUAUGCAAGUCUCAGAGGGAAGCUCUGCAUCCCUGGGCGCGACGCUGAAGGACUUUCCAUUGGUACCACCCUCCCGUGCCGCGAAUCAGAUUGUUUCAACACUGGGUGCCAUGUUCUUCUUCUGCUCCAUGAUGGUCAUCUUCAUAUGCGUGCUCAACCAGAUCGUCACCGAAAAGGAGCUCCAUUUGCGCCACAGCAUGCAGAUGAUGGGUCUCAAGACACUCGUUUACUGGUUCUCAUGGUGGUUGUCGAACGCGCUCCUGGUCUUUAUCAGUGCCCUCGUCAUCUCCGCAUUCGGUCGGGCCUUCGGAUUUACAGUGUUCACGAACAGCAACUUCUUGGUCGUUCUGAUUACGUUCUUCCUUUUUGGACUCUCCAUGGUGACAAUGGCGUUUUGGAUCACGACCAUGGUCAGGGCCAGCAGGACCGCCAUUUUGAUCGGUAUCUUCCUUUUCAUCAUCGGUCUCUUGUUUGAAAGCAUGGUUUUUUCCAAUACCUAUGUCGGUUAUCUCUGGUACGAUUCAAGCACUUCCCCCGUGGCAAGAUACGUCCUCAUGUUUAUCCCCUUCUUCAACUUUGGCAAGAUGUUCCUGGACAUGUCUAUCUUUGCCACCGGCCGCCUGGACGUUCUCACGGAAACAUAUAUCCCAGGUCCCGGCUUCCAUUGGAACGAUCUUUACAACAAGAUUCCCGACGCAUCGACGCCAACUUACGACGACGCCAAGACGCGCCACCCGGAUGUGCCUGCGCCGAUUCAGUCCUGGUACCUUAUGUUGAUGAACAUUGCAGUCUUUGCCAUCCUGACUUUGUACUUCGAUCAGGUGGUCGCGGACGAUUACGGCAACAAGCGCCACCCACUCUUCUUUUUGGACCCCACAUUUUAUGGCUGGCACAUCCGCAAAAAGUUGGCCGGUCGCGAGUGGAUCGAGGCCCAGGAAACCAACAAGGCCCAGAGGGAUGCCCAUAUGGUCAAGAUGACCAAGGGCCGUAGCGAUCUGCCUGUCGAAGAUGAGGACGAUGACGACGUCAAGGUCGAGAGACAGGCGGCUCUGGACCCCGACUUUGAGACCCAGGCGAGGAUUUGUAAUUUGCAAAAAGUCUUCCGGGAGUCGGCUUUCCGAAAGAGCCCACUAGAUAAGAUUGCGGUCAAAGAUUUGUGUCUGACACUGCAGGAAGGAAAACUGCUGGCGUUGCUCGGACAGAACGGUGCCGGAAAAUCAACUACGAUGAACAUGCUGUCGGGACUGACAAAGUCGACAGGCGGAGACGCCACGUUUUAUGGCCUAUCUAUGAACAAUGAAAUGACCGAGAUCCGAUCUAUGAUGGGCGUCUGCCCGCAGCACGACAUCUUGUUCGACGAUUUGACUGCAGAGGAACACAUUCAGUUGUAUGCGGGACUCAAAAACGUACCUAAGCACGAAAUUCCCAGACUGACUGAGGAGCGUUUGAAGGCUGUGCGGUUGUGGAAGGUCAAGGACAGGCUGUCGCAUACUUACUCUGGAGGUAUGAAGAGACGUCUGUCGAUGGUUAUUUCCACCCUGGGCGAUCCGAAGAUCAUCUUUUUAGACGAACCCACUACUGGAAUGGAUCCGACCAAUCGUCGCCACGUGUGGUCGUUUAUUGAAAAGUUUAAGCAGGGCCGUAUCAUCAUUUUGACCACGCAUUCUAUGGAGGAAGCUGACAUUCUCGGCGAUCGUAUUUGUGUCAUGGCCCACGGUCGUCUUCGCGCAAUCGGCAACUCGGUCCAUCUCAAAAACAAGUUUGGCGCAGGUUAUCGCAUCUCACUGGUGACAGAUCCCUCGAACACUGAGCUGGUCAAGUCGUUGAUCGAGUCUAAAGUCCCAGGUUGCAUCCUUAAGGAUGACUCUGCUGGCGCACUACUCUACCAGUUCCCUCCUACAUCGAUGGGUAGCAUUCCCAAGCUGGUUCAAUGGCUCGAAGGUGUCGAUGGAGGAGCAAAGUCCGCCAGGGACACCCCAACGAACAGGAGCACCCAGGGUUCGAACGUCAACAGCGGCCGCAACACGCCCCUCCCUCUGAGUAGCAGCACAAACGAUCUUGCUACAGGUGUCAAUGCGGCUACGCAACCUGAUUUCAACAAUAUCGGCAGCGCUCAGGCUCUGAUUCAUGGCUAUGGUAUCUCUCAAACGUCACUCGAGGAAGUUUUCUUGAAGCUAAUCCGAGAUGCCAAUCCGGAGGGAUAUCAAGGCUAUGAGGUCACCAAGCCUUUGCGGGACGAGAAGACGGAGUCUGAAUCGACCCUCAGGAACCGCGGUACUGGGCGUUAAAGUGUGCAUGCCAGGAUGCAAUCACGAUAUACCAACUAUUUACCCAAGAUAGCGCUUACAGCUCAUAGAUUAUUGCACUAAUGUAAUGACAGUUUUGAGAUACAUAAUCUGCCCGUGCCACUAUCCAUCAUGUAGGGAUAAUAUAUGGACAAACGUC